AUGACAGCCUUAACUGCGGUCGCCUCUUCAACAUUUGCAUCCUCGGCCAGACUUGUCGCAACGGUGUCUGCGUUGCUUCUGGCGCUGCUGUUCCGACUACCACGGCUGGCAUCACCGCGCCUACAACAACUACUCGUGCCACAACUACGGCUCCUGUCACUUCUCAACAUCUGUCUCUUCGGCCAAGUUUGCCGCAGUGGUGUCUGCGUUGCUGCUGGUGCCGCCGUGCCCACGACCACUGCGCCAGCGACGACUGUGCCAACAACGACUCUGGCUGCUACCACAGCCGUCGUCACAACGACCCUCCUUACCGCGACGCGCGCCGCUACGACUACCACUGUUGCUGGCGUCCCUACAACCAUUGCGGCGGCGCCGACCACCAUCGCUGGGACUACCACUGCCGCUGUCGUCCCGACUACCACGACUGGUGCUGCCACGGCUGCUACCACUGGAGGGACGCUGGCUGUCAGCCUCGAUCUCCACACGGACCGCCUCAACUGUGGUCGUAUCGGAAACAUCUGUCUCGGCUCUCAGACUUGCUCCAGCGGUCUCUGUAUCUCCGUCGGUGGAGCUGUCGUUGGCGGUACCAAUAUUGCUACGACGGCUACGGCUGCGACAACCAUCACCACGAGCACCACUGCUCCGGCGGUUGCGGCCCCGACGACCACAGCUGUCACGACCAUACGUGCUGCCACAACGACUACAGCCGCUGCUCCCACCACAACCGCUGCCGCGCCGACCACCACGGCCGGUGCUCAGACGAACGUCGCCAUCGCUGUACCGACCACGCCGACGACGGCUCCCGCGGCGGUCCCUACGACCACGGCACGAGCGGCGACCACCGUCCCGACUACGCCCACGGCCCAGGUCGCUCCAACCACGCCAACGAUCCAAGCCGUCCCCACGACGCCCACGGUCCAAGCAGCCCCGACAACGGUCCGCGCCGCCACGACAGCUGCCGCCGUGCCCACGACCGCUCCUCAGGCGGCUGCCACAACCCAGCGCGCCGCCACCACUACCGCUCCCUCGACCGGCUCCAGCGGAUCCACCGGUUCAAGCGGCUCAGGCGCGUCGUGCGGUGGCUUCUUCAACCUCGUCCCUUGCAUCUUCCCCCUGACGUGCGUCAACGGACGCUGCCAGCUGCUGGGAGUGAUCGGGUAA